UCACAUACAUUCGCGGUGAACACCAGAUUUGAAAAUUCAAUAACCUAGUGAAAAAAUUUUAUUUUGUGAAAAUAUUUUGGUGUCUGGUUCUUCUCUGUUUAUUGGUGUAUUUAACCAAUUUUGAGGCAAAUCAGAGACCAUGAAAAGUAAGCGGAGUUGCCCUUUAACAUUUGGUUUCCUUUUUCAUUUUGCGACUGUAUGACCUUGUUGUUCCAUCAUUUCAGACAAUAUGUUUGCAGUUGUUCGUUUUUUAAGUGAUAGCAGUGUUGACGUGGUCCCGUCGAAUUGGCUCAAUGGAAAUGAGUGCCUCUGGCCGUCGAAGUUUAGGGCAUCAAGAGCUAUCAAAGCCGUGAAACUCAGAGAGUCCCCAGAUUUGACAUACACAAGGCACAGCAUUGUCAUCCUGAGCAAGGAAGAUACUUUCCAGAAAGCAAGAUCGAAACUAAGGAAAGCGGAGGAUACUGAUAAUGUUGCAACAUCAACUGACCAAGUGGCGCUGCGUCAAAGGAGAGUAGUGAUCAUCCAACUGCAAGCAGCUCUGUGUGCCCGCCCUCAUCAAGCCCUCCAGAGAAAAGUCGUAACAGUAGCAAUUACGCUGUACACUCAUUGGAUGAGUCUGACCAUGAGGAAGGAAUCGGAGGAGCCUCAUCACCACCUUUCUGGCAUCAAAGUGAAAGAGGUGAUUACGAAGCUGCAGGCAACUUCAUGGUCCCACCCUCAUCAAGCUCUCCAGAUUUCUCACGUCUUAUACUAAGAGAGCUUCGCUUUGUAAAGAAGCAACUGAAAACAAUAACCAAAAAGCUGUUGGAAAGAGAAGAACCUUGCGAGCCAGCUGAAGAAGCCUGUAUUUCACUACCAUUGAAAACAGAUGCAGAUGUUGAUGAAAUUGAGGAAAAGCUGAAAGCAAGCCAGGAGUUCUGCCUGCAACUGGCCCGGCAGCUUGCUGGUAUUGGGGGCAACACCCCUCGUACUGCCACUGCUCGCAUCCUUGCAAAGUUGUUUGAAGACUCACAGGGGCAGAAAUAUAGCCUCUAUGGACAGAAGGGGAAGCGUGUGUUUGCUACAAUGGAGUUGUUCAGUGUGCUUCAGAAAGCAGUCAGACUGAUAAAAGGCCUGAGUGGUGCAACGCUUGAAGAAAUUGAAGCAGGAGCCAAGGGUUGGCUGAAGAACUGCCGAGCACGCGUAAAUAGCGCCACA